CUCUGACUCGUCUUGUCUUUUGGCAUCGAAGCUUCUCUGGACUCACCGGCCCUGCAUCUCCAUCUGUUUAUAUUCAUAUUAUUUAUUAUAUUUCCACCCUGAACCCUACUGGAGUGUGUCGUCUUUUUUUUUUUUUAGAAGAGAAAGGCUUCCAGGGAUGGAGUCGAUGCCCGGACAGCUUCGAGACGCGGGACGAGACGCCAGCUCUUCCCCCAGUUUAAAGCAGGACGCACAGAGCUUCACCAGCCCCAGCUCCCUCAAACCAAACCAAGUGAGUGAGACCUCCUUGUACGGGGUGCCCAUCGUUUGUCUGGUCAUAGACGGUAAGGAGAGACUCUGCCUGGCGCAGAUUUCCAACACCCUGCUGAAAAGCUACAGCUACAACGAGAUACACAACCGCCGGGUCGCUUUGGGCAUCACCUGUGUGCAGUGUACCCCUGUCCAGCUGGAACUCCUGCGGCGCGCCGGUGCCAUGCCAAUCUCCUCCAGGCGCUGCGGCAUGAUCACCAAACGGGAGGCCGAGCGGCUCUGCAAGUCCUUUCUGGGAGCGCAUAGCCCCCCAAAGCUACCAGAAAAUUUCGCAUUUGACGUGUCUCAUGAUUGCGCCUGGGGCAGCAGGGGCAGCUUCAUACCCGCCAGAUACAACAGCUCCAGAGCAAAGUGCAUCAAAUGCACCUUUUGCAACAUGUAUUUCUCCCCAAAUAAAUUCAUUUUCCACUCUCAUCGCACCCCAGAGUCCAAGUAUUUGCAGCCGGACGCGGCCAACUUCAAUUCGUGGAGGCGCCACCUGAAACUGACGGAAAAAAAACCAUCUGAGGACAUAAACCACGCGUGGGAGGAUGUUAAGGCCAUGUUCAACGGUGGGAGUAGAAAGAGGACACUUCCUAUGAGUGGGUCGGGAAUGUCCUCGUCUAUGAAAUCGCAGGCCUCCUCCAGCCUUGUCCAAACCAGUUCCCCUGAGAUCCCCCACAAAACUUUACGGCGCGACGAGGAUCAGGGGAAUAAUAACCUGAGUUUGGCGAGCAGCGCACGGAGCUACCCGGUCAUCCCGGUGCCCAGCAAGAGCUUUGGCAUGCUUCAGAAAAUCCCUCCGCCCCUGUUCCCCCACCACCCCUAUGGCUUCCCCGGCUAUGGGCUGUGUCAGAAAAAGAAUGACGGUGUGCCUGAUGCGAACAAAACCAACGUCCCUGGUGUGUUUUGGCCUGGUGCAAAAGACACCCUCUACCCUGCUUUCCCUGUGUUUUGGCCUACAGCUGGCGGCCUCCCCUUGCCGCCCUAUCCGGGCUCUCCGCCCAAACCCCCAGAGCUGCCAGGCGUCCGGCAGGGCGAGCUCGACUUAUCGGACCAAAGCGACCGGGGCGCAAACACACCCAAAGACAACAACCAUCACCAACACCACCAGCAGGACGCAGGAGAGCGCUGCCCCAGCUCCCAGUCCUCCACCAACAGGAACGACGAGGACAAGUCCGGCGACGAGACCCCCCAGAGGAAAAUCAGCUACAUCUCGGCCUUCAGACCCGUCGUCAAAGACGCAGAGACCAUCGCCAAACUCUACGGCAACCGGGACAGCUACGGAGUGCGCCCCGGCUACCUGUCCCCGGAUUUUGUCAGCGAGAGCUCCAGUUACAGAUCGGUAUCACCAGACAGAGACAGUGUGGUGGACGACGACGAUCCGGACGUGGACGUGGAGUCCAACCGGGGACAGGAGGACGAGGAGCUGAUCCGGAUCUCUCCAGGAGGGGACCAGCAUGACUCCCCCAUGCCGGACCGGGUCUCCUCGGGUGCUGAGGAGAGCCAGGAGCAGCCAGCCUCCAGCCCCGGAGCAGCAUCAGCAUCAGCGGAGGACUCCGUGCACACUGGGUCAUCAGAUGAGGACAGACAGAUGCGUAAUGGCUCUCCUCUUCAUGAAGUGUACGCUCAUGAAAAGGACGGCCACGUGCUCCUCAACGAGCCCUCGUCGUUUGGGUCGAAACAAUCGAGCAGCCCCCGCAGAUCAAACGGUUUGCAUCACGUGUCUGAACAACAGAUCCAACGCAACUAUCAGGAGCAAAAGGACAGACAAGCCGAUGGAGCUUUACGCAUCGACAUCAGCGUGCAUGAAAGAGAUCUGGAGAACAUGGCUAAAGAGGAGUUGCAGAAGCAGCUUGUGGAGCAAGUGGAGCUGAGGAAAAAGUUGGAGAGAGAAUUUCAGCAUUUAAAAGAUAAUUUUCAGGAUCAAAUGAAGCGUGAGCUGUCCUACAGAGAGGAAAUGGUCCAGCAGCUGCAGAUUGUUAGAGACACUUUGUGCAGCGAGUUGGACCAAGAGAGAAAGGCUCGUUAUGCAAUACAGCAGAAGCUAAAAGAAGCUCAUGACGCCCUUCAUCAUUUCUCCUGCAAGAUGUUGACCCCUCGCCAGUGUACCGGAGCCUGCACCUUCAAGCCCCCGCUGCUGCCUCCCUAGUGCCCAGCACAGCCAAAAACACACACACACACACACACACACACUCAAACACACACACACACACAAACACACACAAGAGCUCCCGUGUGUUCACUUCACACCUGUAACCCAAGGAUUACCACCCUACUGUAUAGAUAUUGAUUUCAGCACUUGAGUGAAUACGUGGAGACUCGGAGGAGAUGUUUGGCAGCGACGUCUCCCCCCCAACAAACUGAACUCUUGUGUUAAAGAGAUCAAGAUUUACUUAAAACGUGACAUUGUGAAUCAAAGGAUGUUGAUCUGAAGCUGCAAAGCUCAACCAGAGGAGUCUCUCUGAAUCAAAGCCGUCUGCUCUUUAGCUAUCCUGAAAAGGAAAAAAAAACACCAUAUACAUACAUAUAUAUAUAUAUAUAUAUACAUAUAUAUAUAUAUCACGUGACGAUGUGCAAUGGCUUGUAUAAUUGUGACAUUAAGUUCAAAUGUAUCUCAUUAUUCAGCUUUUGUUGCUUGUUUGAAUAUCUUGAGUUUUUACAUAUAUUUGUUAUUUAUCUGUCUUUAGUUUAAUUUAUUGUUUAGAUUCUUUGUAACACUGUAUAUGUUGUUAAGCACUUUAAAUGGGCAACAUUUCUGAAUUUGACCAUUCCUCCCGAUACCAAAUUCUUAGAGGGAUCAUUAUGUUUUAAAAUAGAGCACAUUAUUAUGAGCACUUACUUCAACAGCCCUUGAAAUCAUUCAAAAAAAAACAAAAGGAAAAAAAAGACUUUCUUUCACCAAGUCAUGUGUCAUAAAAACUUUGAGGUAAUU